AUGGCGGAAGCGACUCCUGUCCUCCCCCUACUUUCUUCUCUCCCCCUCACACACCCCUCCCUCCUCCCCCUCCUCCAGUCCCACACCCCCCUGGCCCGACCCUCCACCCAAUCUCAAUCCCAGCUCACAAAGCUCCUCAACCGCCUCAACACCGUCCUCUUGUCCCGCGAUGAUUCUGCCGAAAAGCGAGCAGCAUGCGCGGUAGCAAAAGUUAUGGUGGAACAAGAUCAGGAAGGCUGGGUCCUGGCGGAAUGGGGUAAAGGCUGGGUUGGAGGGUGUCUUGGGUGGAUCGCGAGUACCUCGUCGUCUAUUGCGUCUAUCCCUCCUUACUUGGAGCUGUUGACGACGAUCGUGUUGACUGCUCCGCACUUUCCAUCGUUUGAGAGGCAGACUGUGCAUCCUAUUAUGGGCAAGCUUUCUGUUUCUUUGGGCAAGUUGCUGGAGAGGUCUUUGAGCGAGUCUCAGCCGGAAUGGGAUGUCAUUUGUACUAUACUCGAAUCUAUACAGAGCCUCGUAUUGCAAUCCCCCGCCAACUUCCGUCCCUCCACGCCCGCUUUCAAAACCAACCUCUUUGCUCUCCUCCUCAUGCUCCCCACCCCCACCUCCCCCUCCCCCUCUAUCCCCCCACAGAUCCGCCAACAAUCCGCAAAGCUGCUGGCCGCCCUUCAUGUCACAUCAGGCAAGGCCCAAAGCCCCGCGGCAUGGAUAGCGGACAUGAAGCAAGUCCUCGGUGGUCUGGGCAAGGCGCUCGGGGGGAUCACAUCAGAUGCCUGGGAAGAAGACCCCGUCACCGUACCGCCCCCUGCUUCUACGAGCACACCAGACCUACCCGCCGAUCCUCUCCAGCGACUCCCCAUCGCUCUGGACUGGCUCGAAGGCCUCACGCAGGCGACUCUGGAGAUGCUUUCGUUCCCUACGAGCCGACCGGUGGCUAUCCCUGUGGCUGGGCUCGUCAGCGCCGGCCUCAGAUGCCUGAGCUUGACUUUGGACACGCCCACAGUACCUUAUAUCAUGCCCCAGCACCACGCCUUCCUGAUCGCUUCUCUCCCCCGUAUCUGGGCUUCCGGCACCCAGCUGCUCGCGGCCGUCGCGCUUGCCACAGGCGACCACCUCUUCCCCCACCUCUCCAACAUCUUUGACCACUCUGUCUGGCUCUUGGAGCGUAUCCCCCAAAGCAUGUGCGAGUCGCGCACAUUGCUUUUGCGGUUCCACAGCCUGCUCUCGACGCUCUACCCUCCUUCACUCCUCCCAGUCGAAUACCCCACCCGUCUUUUGAGGUCAUGCCUUUCAAGCCUCUCGCCCCUACUCGGCGAUAAACGAGAUUCUGUGGCGGCUGCCAGCAAGAAUGAAUCUGGGGGCGGGAAGAGGGGGAAGAAGAGGGCUAGAGGGGCUGAAGAUGGUUUGGUCGGUGAUUUGGAGGGGAAAGGUCGUCGAGGUCUUUCCCACUCUGAGCUCGAGUGCAUCAUCUCUGCUCUUUUGCUCACUCCUCUUUUGCAUACUGCUUCUCUCCUCGCGCCUUCGCUUUUGACGCUUUCUGUCCGUCUGCAUCUCUCGAUCUAUCUCGGUCUGCCGUCAUUGCCAGCAUCGACGUUCCCCGAGGUCGGAGCGAGGGAGGAUGUAAGGGUUGUGACGAGAAGGGUGCUUGAGAAGGUAUUGAGUAUUGGAGAGGGAUGGAGUAAGGGAUACGAAAGUGUAAUUGUAUCGGUGCUUGACGCUGCAUCCCAACCCUCCAUGCGCCCAACACUCCACCCCAAACUCCCACCCAUGAUGCGCCACCAACCCGCCCUCUCCGAGCUGCAUUUCUUUGCGAAAGAGACGGACGAGGAGAAGAAGGUCCGGAAAGAGCUUGGGUUUGGGUUGGAAGGUGAGGUGGUGGAUGGGGAGGAGAUGGAGGAGGAUGAAGUGCCGGCGAAGAGGGUGGCGGCUGUUGCUCCGGUCGUACAGGCGCCUGUACAGGUAGCUGCCCAGCCUCAGUUCGCCCAGCCUGCGCCGGUGGUCGCGCCUGUUGUCAUUCAACAAACCCCUCCCGUAGCGCUACAAGCUCCCACCCCCGCCCCCGCCCCCAUCACACUCUCGCCCCAACCGCCCAUCCCCACCUUCCAACCUCCAACCCAGCCUGCCGAAUCAUUCAUCUCUUUCACCAACACCACCACCACCUCUUCUUCCACCGACCCCUCUGUAUCUGUAUCAACACAAACACAGAAGAAGGUGGUGGAGACGGUGACCGAGAGGAUGCAGGUGGAUGAUGAUGAUGAGGCGUUGCCGGAGAUGGAUAGUGGGAGUGAGGACGAGUUGGAGUUGGAUGAUGAUGAGGAGGAUGAUGAGUAG